GGCGGAGCCAACCGGUCUCCGCGCCCGCUGGUCACCUAGCAACGGCCAGACGCGGCGAGAUGGAGGGCGCCGGCAGCAGGGAGCGCCAAGCGAGGGAGUAUCUGGAGAAACAUCGGAUCAUGGAGUUGCUGAACCACCUCACCAGCGUCCUCCUCUUUUUCCGGCCAGAAAAACCAAGAGACUACUUAAUAACUCUGUUGGAACGUCUGAGAAUUGCCAAAGAAACAGGCAUAGCUUUUCCUUUCUUUAUGGACAACUCGAACAUUGUGGCCAUGUUUGAGAUGAUGGACUCUGCAGGCAGAGGCGCCAUAUCGUUUGUGCAGUAUAAAGAAGCCCUAAAAACCCUGGGUCUGUGUACUGCAGAUGAAGUUUUAAAAGGUGAAGGACACAUAGUAACUUUGGAUCAAUUCAGGGAUGAAGUGAACAAGAGGACUCUGGAAAUAUGGUCAUCAUUUUAAUAACACCCUGAAUCCAUGAUAAUAAUGAUUCUGUAAAGUU